AUGGGCCCCAUUUGCCCUACCAGGUGCGGCGCCCCAAGGCCCUCGCAGGAACGUGUCGGCGCACCCAGAAAAGCGUCCCAGGGGCAGCGGCGCCCCCAAGGACCCUCCCUAGGGCAGCGCUCCCUGGGGGCCUCCCAUUUGCCCCUGACAGUGCGCUUCCAGGGCAUUCCCCAGCAGGGCACCCAGGCACCCAGUGCCCUGAGCCUUCUCAGGGACAACGGCGCUCUGAGGGCCCUGCCACAGGGGAUGAGUCCCAGGAGCCCUGAGGGUCGUUGGUGCGGCACCCUAAGGGGCUCCCUCGCAGGAACGUCGGCGCACCCAGUGGCCGUCCCAGGGCGGCGACGCCCCCAAGGACCUCCCCUUAGGGGUAGGUGCGGCUACCUGAGCCCUCUCAGGAGCAGUAACGCCCCCAGGCCCAACCAGGGCUGUGGCAGCCCCAGGGUGUCUUCCAGGGGUUGGCGCCCCCAGGGCCAUCUCUGCAGCGGGCAGGUUCUCGGGGCCCUCCCUAAAGGUGGCGGAGGGUCUCUAACAGAUGAUUCUCCGGGGCAACGCCCCAUGGGCCCUCCCGUAUUUGUCUUCUACCAGGUGUGGCGCCCCAAGGGGCUCCUCGGUGAACGUCGGCGCACUCCAGUGGCCGUCCCAGGGCAGCGUUUCCCCAAGGACCCUCCCUAG